AUGGUAGCUGAAGUGUUGAGUAGGAAUUUCUCCAAUUUGAUUAGGAGCAAUAGAAUCUCGGGGGUAAAGGCUACUUCCACUCUCCCUCCUAUGGUUAUGCAGCAAUUUGUGGACGACACCUUCCUUUUCGGCCUAUCGUCUGUGAUAGAGGCUAAAGAAUGGAAACAUCUACUAGAAGAGUACGCCCUUGCCUCUGGUCAACUAAUCAACUAUUGCAAGAAAAAGGUUUACUUAUUUUACACAGACAAAAUUCUCCAAGGUGAACUUAUUCAAUUCCUUGGAUGUAGUGUUGUUGAUCUCCCUGAUUCCUACAUGGGUCUCUCCCUCACUAUCAAGGAGGUCACCUCCCACUUUUGGGAAUCAAUCCUAGAAAGAAUGCAAAAGAAACUUAUUGGCUGGACUGGAAAAACUCUUAGUGCGGGUAAACUCCAGCUCCUGGCGGCCUCCCUUCAAGGUGUUCCUGUCUACUUUCUUUCUCUUUUCAAGAUUUCCAAUUCUAUGGCUAAGAAACUUGAGAGAAUCCAAAGAAGCUUUCUAUGGACAGGAUUGGAGGAGAAGGCCAGAAUCAUCUUAGUCAACUGGGAGAAGGUGUGCAAACCGAAGGUCAUGGGUGCCUUGGGAUUAGAAAAAUCUCUGAUCUGA